CUAGAUCACGAAUUCCCCAAAAUCCUUCCGUAUCCAAUUGCACAUCAUGUCCUACCUGUCGAACUUUAACGCGGAAACCGGGAAAACGAUACUGGUCGAUAUACUGAAGACGGUAAACCAGUCGGAACAUUCAAAGAAACUCGCCGAAGCCAAAGCCAACUCGGGCAAGGAGAUGAUCAAGAUGAUGCAGAACGUGUUCCCGCUGGUGAUGCAGAUCCAGAUCGAAGUCAUCAAAGAUUACGGAUUCCCCGGGAGUCGCGAGGGACUGGUUCAGUUCGAGCAGAUCAUUCGGGAGUUUGAACGAGAGGACGUCGACAUUGCCAGACUGCGGGCGCAAAUAAGAUCAAUCUAUCUACCUCCAAUUAACAUCAACAGCACGAAUGACGUGUUGAUUUAAGUGAUUCCAGAUGCUCUCAGCAAGUGCAUUCAAGACUGAAGAUUAGUUUGUACCCGUGGGAAACAUGGAGCAGCUUCUAAACGAACGUACGCUGCUGCCCAGUGGUUAAUUAACGAAUUCACAACACGGUCUAAUUUACAGUACGUGAGAAGAUCGGCCAUGAAGUAUUAAGAUAGUUAAAAGUAAUGUUAAUGUGUCGCGUAUUUUUAUUCUUUUUAAUCGUCAUAACCACAAACAGCUAUACAGCUUCCGUACUGAUAAGUGAUUUUAUUUAAUUCGUACACAAUAUAUAACAAAUAAAAAAGGGGGAAACCAAACAAUUUAAAGUAUACUGCCAAGUGGUUACAUUGUAAAAUAGAAGUCAAACAGUUUUAUUUGCGGCUCGUUUUCAUGUACGGUCCCACCACAGAGAUCC